AUGCGUUCUGCUCAAGGGGAACUAAUUCAUCACUACUCAAUAAUGCCAUAUGGUUUUAUUUGUUUGGUUUAUAAUGAAAUUAAUCAGCGUGGAUCAUUCGACAUGAAUUAUUUGUGUUUUCUACUGUGUGCAGCAAUUGUAGCAAAUAUAGCUCUGGUAACCAAUUCUGCUGGUGUUGUAUUCGCCAGUAUGUUGUUAUCACCUUUAAUGGAUCCAAUUAUGUGCAUCUUAUUUGGACUGAAUCUGCGUGAUCGUAAUAUGACAACUAAAGGCAUUAGAAAUACAUCGGUUUCACUAAUUAUUUGUGUUUUGAUUGGGUUGACAUUUGGCUACGUUGCACAUGUAAUUAGCGCCUUCCAGGAUGUCACACCAUAUCCAACAAGUGAAAUGGCUCAAAGAGGCGAAUUAAGGUCUUUUAUUGGUUCUAUGCUUGUUGCAGCAUUCUCUGGUGUCAGUGUUUCUUUUGCUAUACUGAGUAAACGACUAUCAGCAUUGAUUGGAAAUGCCAUUUCGCUUUCAUUGCUGCCACCAGCAGUUAACUGUGGUCAUUUGUUACUACUAUCUCUUUUGGCCAUCUCCACCGGGGAGAAACGUGAGUAUGAAAGUGUAACAGAUGAGAAAUCGAAUCUGACAACUACUCUACAUUAUUGUACAUAUCCAUGGAUUCGACAGUAUGAAUUUAUUUAUAUGCGAAACCAUUGUAAUGCUCCUCUGGAAUUCCUGUAUGUGGGUUUAUCAAGUUUCUGCCUUGUCACGAUGAAUAUUAUGUUAAUUCUUGUCACUGGAUACACGGUGAACAAGAUCAAAAAUCUGGUGCCACUUUCCUUCACAAAUGAAAUCACUCGAAGAUUUUAUCAAAAGGAUUUACGAGAGGUUCGAGAAAACUACAAAUGUCUACACAAAUUCGAUGCCGCCGAUUUAGCCACUUAUGCGUACAAUGAAUAUCUACGUUUAAAUAAGGUAAAUUCACAAGACGGUGAAUUGACCAAUUUGGACAGUGAAAAUGCAGAUGAAAUUGUUAAUGAAUUUCAAACAAUUAUGAAGGAUCUCAAAAAAGACCCUUAUCUUCAAACGAUUACAGCUGAAACAGCUCAAGGUGAUAGCAGCUUUUGGAAAUUUAUUGAAAAAUCCAGUGAAUUAUCAACAAGGAAUGCAGUGAAACGAAUAAAACAACAUCAUACAUUCUGUCAUCCUAGUGCUUCGUUCACAGUGUGUGAAGAUAGUGGUGUUGGCAAUAACAACAAUACGUGUAAUAAUAACAACACUCCUGAUGCGAAUAAUACUACUGCUGCUAACCAUCAACAUCAUCAUGUCAACAGUAACACGUACAACACUGGUGAGAACAAAAAUAUUAACAAGAAUACAAGUUUAGCACGAGUAAAACUGUUAGGUAGACUAGCCUUUGAAAUAAACUCUCCAACUGUUAUUCGAGAGAAUAUGCCAAACAAUGGUGCCAAGUUUUCACCUCCGAUUGGAAAAAGUAAAUAUACUAGACUACUUGGAGGGAAAAAUGCAAAACUAGAACCAAGUUUACGAAGUUCAAGUUCAACGGGAAGAUUCGAGGUGGUAUCUGUGGAACGCCCAAUAGAAUCCGCAUAUGAUGUAGAACGACAAGAAAGAACUGAUAGCAUACUGAGAAGUAAUGUUUAA